AAGAAGUGCACUAGAGCCAAGAAAAUUAUAGAUAAGGAAAGAAAAGAAAAAUGUAUGUGACAAGGCCUCUGUCUUUGUAUCUAAGAGACCCAUCGGCUCUUUCAUUAGCACCGCCUGAAGGUCCAAACUCUGGGAUUCUUGUAAUCCAAGAUGAAGAAGCUGAGCCUACUUGCUGUUUUGGAUUGUGCAAGAGCCAUCAAGUUGAUGAUCUGCCUUUCCCUCAAAACAAAAACUUACAGGUUAGGUAUUCGUCAGGAGUCGGUCAGAAUCAAACUGUUUCCAUAAACCGCGUCGUCUUCAUUCCUGUUCUUAAUCAACCAGUCUCUUCUAAUCGAUAUUACUGCAUAGAGCGUCGUGGAAAGCGUAAAGGGGAAGCUCACCAAAACUCCAAGGAGGAGGACAUGACAACAUGCUGCUUUUGUAGCUGUGUAUCUGAUUUAAAACCGCAAUCUCUGGAUCAUCAUGACAUAUAUCAGCAAUUUGAGAUUCACCGCCGAAAUUGGGGUGGGUUUGUUGCCAAAUCUGUGGCAUCAGAUGGAUUCCCGCCAGAUUUCUUAAGGAGAAAAGGUUGGAGAGUACAUACCUCAACUGCACAUGAAUUCGAGUUAACUGAAGCACAAGGACUUGACAAGAUUCUGCGUGCGCGCCUUCCAGACUUCAACUUCCCCUUGUCACAGAACACUUCCUCACCUGUUGUAGUAGGAAAGUGGUACUGCCCUUUCAUGUUUAUCAAAGAUGGAACACUUAAAGAUCAGAUAGGUAAUUCAAGAUAUUAUGAGAUGACGCUUGAGCAACAAUGGGAACAAAUUUUCGCUUGCGAGAAUAGCAGUAAUGGAGGCAAUGCUGUGAAUGUGGAUGUUAUCGUUGAAGCUGAAGCAGCUGCAGUUGGUGAGAAAGUGUUACAUACUGAGAAGAAUGUGGCUGAUGGGAUGAUGUGGUUUAGGAGCACUGAUAAUGUUGGAGGGGAAACUAACAGUGUGGGCUUACGUUUAGCAAUUAUUGAGAGAAUGAAGUGGGAGCAAGAGAGAUUUGGUUGGAUUGGCAGUAAUGAAAUGCAAGUGAGAGUGAAGAGAAUGGAGGAAUUUAGAGGCAUUGGCGAAUGGAAGAAAUUUGGCUGUUAUAUUUUGGUUGAGAGGUUUAUGUUGAGGAGAAUGAAUGGAAGCUUGGUGCUAACCUAUGAUUUCAGGCACACUCAACAUCUUAGGACCAAAUGGGAAUGAGAAGAAUGCUAAAUUGUUAAUGGCUAAUUGCUAGCUGCCUAAAACUCACAAAUUUGCAUUGUUUUUAUUGUGAAGGUGCUAUUGUAUUGGCUGUAUAAACUAUUAACUCUUAGACCCUCUAUUAAUUAUUAUACUCAUUACUCCUAUGAAUUUAUGUUAAAAUGGUAUUAUUUUCUGUUUAA